AUGCUGCUGCUGCUGCUCCUGGCUCUGCUGGGCCCCGCUGGCUGCCCCAGGACAGAGCCCCUGAGCGGCUCCAGCCAGGAGCCGCUGUUCCGCGGCGCCGACCGCUACGACUUCGCCAUCGUCAUCCCCGCGGGCAGCGUGGAGUGCUUCUGGCAGUUCUCACACCAGGGAGGCAACUUCUUCUUCAGCUACGAGGUCCAGCGGGCCACGGGGAUUGGCAACAACAGGAACAUCCUGGUCACAGCGAGAGACCCCAAUGGCUUCCAGCUUGGAGUGUCCCAGGACGUGCGGGGACAGAUCAACUUCCCCACCAAGGACACAGGUUUCUACCAGCUCUGCCUGGACAACCAGCAAAACCACUUUGGCUUAAUGCAGGUGUAUCUCAACUUUGGUGUGUACUACGAUGACUUCAGCAUGGAGCACAAGCAGCCAGCAGAGAGGAAGGAGCUGAACGACACCCUGGAUGCAAUUGGGGUGAGCAUCCAGAGGCUGCAGAUCCACACCUUCCACAUGUGGCGCUUCUACAACUUUGCCCGGAUGAGGAAAGGGGCUGAUUUCUUCCUCCUGGAGUCCAACUACAACUACAUCAACUGGUGGUCCAUGGCCCAGAGCUGUGUCAUUGUCCUCUCCGGGGUGCUGCAGCUCUGCUUCCUCAAGCGCCUCUUCCACACACAAACCUCGGGCAGCCAGAAGUGCUAG